AUUCUCUGUAAGUGCACCUUAUCCAAGUGGUACGACGAUCAGUCGUGAGCAAUCUUUUUGUUAGAAAGCACCUGGAAAGCAUUGAAAUUAGUUUUUUUAUCAUAAUUUUUUUACCUAUUUAAUUUAUUUUACUUUUUGCUGUUCUUUUGUUUUAUAUCAUUUUAAUUAUAAGUUGUGCUUUAAUGCUAUUAGGAGAAACCAAAUAAAUUCAUUAAGUUCCAAGCAGAUCCCAAGAACAGAUCACCGUGAAAUUAUAUUUUAAAAAAAUGUUGUGGUAAAAAGAACACAUAUUAAUUUUUUAAUGUGCUUAAAAAGAGAAUAAUUAGUUUGUAAAUUUUGCUUCAAAGUGAAUCAAGUGAUUUGAGUGAAGAAAUGAGCAUAGAAAUAGUGUUGAUAUCGGUCAUUUUUACGGUGAUCGCAGCCAUUGUGUGGCAUGAAAAGUUCUCAAGAAGAGCAAUUGUGGCUGCAAAACUUAAAGGACCCCCUACUUAUCCGCUAAUUGGCAAUGGACAUUUAUUUUUUGGAGCAACGCCACCAGAAAUUCUUGCAACUAUCAGUAAUUUGUCCAAGAAAUAUGGAAAGGUGGUUCCAUUGUUUCUAGGCUUUGAUUUAAUGAUCUUUGUGACGGAUCCCAAAUUUAUAGAGGUAUUACUGUCAAGCAAUACACUUAUUGAUAAAUCCAAAGAAUACACAUUUCUACGUGAUUGGCUUGGAGACGGAUUAUUACUUACAACAGGUAAAAAAUGGCAAAUUCGACGAAAAAUAAUCACUCCAACAUUCCACUUCAAGAUUCUCGAUCAAUUUGUGGAGGUUUUCGAAAAGCAGGGUAAUACGUUUGUAGAUAUUCUCAAGAAGAUUAAACCUGAUGAAGGUGUUGACAUCUACCCACUUGUUACCUUAUAUACUUUGGAUGUGAUUUGCGAAUCUGCCAUGGGUACUACGGCUAAUGCUCAGCUCAACAGCAAUUCUGAAUACGUUAAUGCAGUGAAAGACAUUACAAAUGUUUUACAUUUGCGAAUGUUUGAUUUUAUGCUGCGUCCAGAGCCCUUUUUUAGGCUCUCCAAGAGCUAUAAGCGCCAGAAGAAUGCCCUUAAGGUUCUUCAUGACUUCACGGAUCGUGUAAUUGUUGCACGACGUAAUGACCUUAUGAGGAAAAAUGAAGAGCACGAUGAAAACCAAAAUGGACAAGUGGGUGAUAGUGGGUUGGGUAUCAAGAGAAAAAUGGCAUUCCUUGAUGUACUUCUUCAGGCCACAGUAGAUGGAAAACCGCUCAAUAACAUGGAUAUUCGCGAGGAGGUGGAUACUUUUAUGUUUGAAGGACAUGAUACUACAACUUCCGGAAUCUCAUUUCUAUUGUAUAGCAUCGCUCUAUAUCCUGAUGUACAGAGAAAAGUUGUAGAGGAGAUUCAAGAUGUUUUUGGUACGGACACUCGUGUACCUACCAUGAGUGACUUAAGCAAUCUGCAGUACUUGGAUUUAGUGAUAAAGGAAACUAUGCGUCUCUAUCCUUCAGUACCAAUAAUUGGUCGUCGGUCAAAAAAGGAAGUUACAAUUAACAAUGUAACUAUCCCGGCCGGUGCUGCAAUUUCAGUAGGAACAUACUUCAUGGGACGUGACCCAGAGUUUUUUCCUGAUCCAGAAACUUUCAAUCCCGAACGCUUCACCGUUGAACGAAGUGCUGAAAUACAGAAUCUCUACAGCUAUGUGCCAUUCAGUGCUGGUCCUAGGAAUUGUAUCGGUCAGAAGUUUGCCGUUCUCGAAAUGAAGAGUAUUGCUGUGAAAAUUCUCAAGAACUUCGAGAUCAGUGUCGAUGAAAACUACAAACAUCCCAUACUUAUGGCUGAAAUUGUUCUACGACCAGAUAAUGGUGUUCAUCUUAAAUUCAAAGCUCGGCAGCUGUAGCACGAAGAACUAACUUUAUGCACCUUUUAUUCUAUAUUUUAUGGUACGAUGAUAUGGAAUCUAGUCUAGUCUAGAUUAUAUAACGUAGUUUUUUUUUGAAUAUUUUUAUGGUGAUGUUUUUUGUAAAAGAAAUUUUGUAAGAAUUAUUAUACAAUAAAAAUGUAGUUGUCCUGAACACGUCAAAAAAUCACAAAAAACCCAAACUUUUAAAACUUAUUAUUAAAAUUAAAAUUUAAAAAAAAACUGGGAGCAAUUUUUUAUAAUUUUUCACUUUUUUAAAAACGAAAUUAUUCAAUCUUUGAUGAAGAUUUCACUUUCAUAAAAUUAAAUAAUGUUCAAAGAGGAAGAUAUAAUUUUAACAAAGGUAUAUAGAAGCGGGAUUGUGAACGAUGUAGGGCAAUAAAAAUAAUUAUGUAAAUGAGCAA